CUUUUUUUCUGGUUUUAUUCAAUCUUCACCAUAUAUAGUUCAUUUUCCUGUCGCCAAAAUGGACGUAUCAUGGGAAACAUACAAUCUGGCCUCGCGGAUCUCAUUAUUACCGCAGGAGCUUGCUGAGACAUUACAACGAGGCGACGGUGCACACUUUCUUGCUCAACUCAGCAGAGCCGCUCUCGACAGACGAUACACAGACACGAUCCUGAUUCACGCCGAAUCUCUCGUCCCACACUGCUGCGCCGAAUUCCAAACCUCCUCCGAUUACGUCUCUGUCGUCGCCGCAUACGCUCGCCUCGUUUCCCUCGCUCCUCACAUCUCUGAAUACGCCGAGCGCUACCUUAGUUCGCAUAAUGUCGAUAGCAUUUCCGACUCAAAUCUCUUCACCCUCGAAUACUUCUUUGCCCUGAUCCGCUUGCUACGAUUUGACCGCCAGACUUUUGCCAAAUUCGUGCCUUUCUCGCGGAUACACCAGUUGCUCGACCACGAUGCGCGUGCAUUGCGUUACCUUGCCAUUCGCGUGCUAUGUCUGUAUCUGAGCGCCGCAGAUGCUGCUCUACAAGACAUGACCAACAAGUACCUCGCCAACAAUGCUGGAAGCCAGGACUUGAUCGCACCACUAGGACCGUGGGAGGACAAAGAGAUUGACUAUCGCCUUCUCACGCUAUGGGAGGAACGUCGCGUGAAGAACCUGGAACAAGAGAGGGAAGCUUUACAACAAGAACGUGCUGCCUACAUGAAUGCUGAGAAUGCUCAGAGACAGCACGUUGUCUUGCCCGCCGAACUCUUCCACUCGUCCACUGCCUGCAUCUCCGGCGUUUUGCUCCCUCGUGGUGCCGCUCCGACAGACUCGCAGACGAGUACAAUCGUCGACACUCCCACCACUGCCUCAAAUCUAUGUGAGCUUGCAACUGCGUUAAAGGCACCGAACCCGGUACUACUGACUGGGCUUGCUGGUUCUGGAAAGACGCUCCUGGUACGCCAUGCUGCACGCCAGCUGAACAAGCUGAAGUCUAUGGUCACACUACACUUGAACGAGCAGAGUGAUGCGAAGCUGCUCAUCGGAAUGUACACAACCGGCAAAACUCCUGGAUCGUUCGUGUGGCAAGCUGGUGUUCUGACCACUGCAGUGCUGGAAGGUCGUUGGGUUUUCAUCGAGGAUCUGGAUCGCGCACCGAACGACAUCAUUAGCACUCUGCUACCAUUGAUCGAAAGAAACGAGCUUGUGAUCCCAAGCAGAGGUCAAACCUUACACGCCGCUCGAGGCUUCCGCAUCGUUGCCACUAUGCGUACUUCGUUGUCCAACAGUGGUCACGAAACGAAGCCUGCUUACAACUUGUUGGGUGCCCGCCACUGGAAGUCUGUACACGUCAGCAUGCUGCCUUCAGACGAGCUGAAACAAGUCGUCAUUGGUCUUUUCCCAUCACUAUCUGAAUUCGCACCGCAAUUCGUCAAUGUUUUCCAGAAUCUGCAACUGCUCAAACAACAAGCACAUUUGGCAAGUCGCAGCAGAACUGGUCUCAUGCGUGAGGUCAACCCUAGAGAUCUUCUCAAGUGGUGUGCUCGUGUAUCUCUUAUGCUUGGAAACAGGCCAAACAUGACUGCUGGCGAGCUCGAUCAGAUCUUCCUGGACGCUGUUGACUGUUUCGCCGGUGCGUUGCCUGAAGGCUCAGCAUAUACCGCUCUGACUUCGUGCAUUGCCGAGAAUUUGCAGAUCGAUCCUCAGCGCUGCCAGCAUCUGCUUGCCGAACGUACUAUUAUUCACAAGGAGGAGCCCACAAGAGUCACAAUAGGUCGUUCAGUCUUCUCUCGUCAACAGAGAAAGAGUCUCGCUGGUCCGUUCGGUAAACGCGCUUUCUCAACGAACGCACACACUCUCCGUCUACUUGAUCGUGUUGCUGUAGCCGUCUCUCAAAAGGAGCCUCUCCUUUUGGUUGGUGAGACUGGUACUGGUAAAACUACCAGUGUACAGCAUCUUGCAGACCAGCUUGGCAAGAAGCUUGUCCCCUUCAACUUGUCGCAACAAAGCGAAAGCGGUGAUCUCCUUGGUGGUUUCAAGCCUGUUAAUGCUCGCUCCAUCAUUGUACCCUUGAAAGAGGAAUUCGAUGAUUUGUUCUCUGCCAGUUUCUCUUAUAAGCGCAAUGCUCAGUUUAUUGACAUGCUAAAUAAGUGCAUGGGCAAGCAGCAGUGGGUUCGUGUGUGCAAAUUGUGGAACACUGCUCUUGGUAUGGUAGAACAGCAAAGACUAGCCACUCUGCAAGCAGGCUCGAAGUCCCCUUCUAGAAAUGCUGAAAACCCCGCAAAGAAGCGCAAGGUCGAACCGGCCAUGACUGCAGUCCUUAGUGGAAGAUGGGACAAAUUCGCUUUGGAGGUCAAGAGUCUCGAAAAUCGUCUCACUGCUGGUCAGGAGGCGUUCGCUUUUGCUUUCAUCGAGGGUAACAUUGUCAAGGCUGUCAGGAAUGGCGACUGGGUUCUUCUUGAUGAGAUCAAUCUCGCCUCACCAGACACACUCGAAGCGUUAGCUGAUUUGUUCGAUGUCAGCUCUCCCUCAUUGAUGUUGAGCGAAGCUGGCAGUGUCGAGGUCAUCAAGGCUCAUCCUCAAUUCCGAGUCUUUGCAGCUAUGAAUCCUGCAACUGAUGUCGGAAAGAAGGACUUACCUUUGGGCAUCCGUUCAAGAUUCACCGAGCUGUAUGUUGAGAGUCCCGAUCGCGACUACCAAAGUUUGCGCAACAUCGUGCAAACAUAUCUUGGUCAAGAAGCUGUUCUGGACAGGUCUAUCGCGUCCGAUGUGGCUAAGCUACAUCAAGCAGUACAAAAGCUGAACGAAGACAACUUGCUCGUCGAUGGCGCAGGUCAGAAGCCUCAUUUCAGUUUAAGAACGCUGACUCGUGCUUUGAUCUAUGCAAAGGAUGUCUCACCGCUAUGCUCGAUUCGCAGGGCCGUUGCGGAGGGUAUCCAAAUGAGUUUCUUGACGCUCCUUGACAAGGAAUCGGAAGCCCGCCUGCUACCACUUAUUCACCAGCAUAUGUUUGGCAAGCUUGCAAACGCAGCUGCUGAGCUCAAGAAGCCUUUCCGACAGCCUCAAGAUGGACACACUUAUGUCAAGGAUGGAGCUUACUGGCUCAGACAAGGCAACUUCGCCGUACACGACCAACCACACUACAUCAUCACACCCUUCAUUCGCCGCAAUCUCGACAACCUCAUUCGCGCUUCUUUCACCCGUCGAUUCCCCGUUCUGAUUCAAGGUCCUACUUCUGCAGGAAAGACCAGUAUGAUCGAGUACCUGGCCAACAAGUCUGGUAACAAGUUUGUGAGAAUCAACAACCAUGAGCAUACCGAUCUACAAGAGUACUUGGGUACUUAUGUGUCAGGCUCUGAUGGUCGUCUGCAAUUUCAGGAAGGUGUUCUAGUCAAGGCUCUGAGAGAAGGUCACUGGAUUGUUCUCGACGAGUUGAAUUUGGCUCCCACUGAUGUCUUGGAAGCACUCAACAGACUUCUCGAUGACAAUAGAGAGCUGCUUAUUCCCGAGACGCAGGAGACUGUUCGUCCUCACGAGAACUUCAUGCUUUUUGCUACCCAGAACCCGGCUGGUCUGUACGGUGGACGUAAAGUACUAUCUCGUGCUUUCCGCAAUCGUUUCCUCGAACUUCACUUUGAUGAUAUUCCGGUUGAAGAGCUGCAUACCAUUCUCCAGCGUCGUACUCAGAUUCCUGACACCUGGUGUAAGCGUAUUGUGAGUGUCUACAGAGAGCUUUCGAUACUGCGUCAGGAGAAUCGUUUGUUCGAGUCAAAGUCAUUUGCUACGCUUCGUGAUCUCUUCAGGUGGGCUUUGCGAAAAGCAGACACUAUCGAUGAGCUUGCUGUCAAUGGUUUCUUGCUCCUCGCUGAGAGGGUCCGUAAGCCUGAGGAACGCGAUGCUGUCAAGAAGGUCAUCGAGAAGGUUUUGGGUCAGAAAGGGCCCAAGGUUGACAUCGAUACCACUGCGCUCUAUGGCGUCCAGUCUCCUGUGUUGCAAUCGUACCUGACCCAGGCUGGUUCUAAGGGUGUCGUCUGGACAAAUGCUAUGCGUAGACUCUAUGUCUUGGUCGCCACCGCUCUCCAGAACAACGAACCGGUCUUACUGGUUGGUGAGACUGGUUGCGGUAAGACUACCGUCGUACAAAUGCUCGCAGAUGCUACCAGGAAGGAGCUGCACAUUGUCAACGCACAUCAAAACACCGAGACUGGCGACUUGAUCGGUGCCCAGAGACCUCUGAGAAACAGAGCAGGCAUCGAGCAACAGGUUCGUGACAUGCUCGUAUCGCUUCCUCAUCCCGAGAUCCAAGAGGCUGCCCCUACGGCUAGCGUCGACGAGCUUCUUGUGAUCUAUGAUCAAGUCAAGGCCAACGCCGACCUAAGCGAUCCUUACACAGCUCAGGUCUAUCAGGCCAUCGGUACCAAUCGACCUCGCCUGAAGGCACUCUUCGAAUGGGCCGACGGUUCGCUUGUACACGCCAUGAAGACUGGUCAGUACUUCUUGCUCGACGAAAUCUCACUUGCCGACGACUCGGUUCUUGAGCGUCUGAACAGUGUACUUGAACCUUCGCGAGAAAUGUUGCUGGCCGAGAAGGGCUCGCUCGACUCCUUCGUAAGGGCUCAGCCUGGUUUCCAAUUCUUCGCUACCAUGAACCCUGGUGGCGACUAUGGCAAGAGAGAGUUGUCUCCCGCUCUGCGCAACCGUUUUACCGAGAUCUGGGUGCCUGCAUUGUCUGAUAUCGAGGAUGUUUUGCAGAUCAUCCGAUCCAAGCUAAAGGACCAUGCAGCACCUUAUGCCAAUGUCCUCGUUGAGUUCGCUCAAUGGUUUAACCAGCGUUAUAAUACUUCUGCUGCGUCAUCAAUCUCGAUCCGUGACACUCUUGCCUGGGUAGAGUUUGUUAACCGUCAGCCGCAUCGCGAUCCUGUCUUCUCAAUCAUCCAUGGUGCUGCAAUGGUGUACAUCGAUACCCUCGGUGCCAAUCCUGCCGCCCUUCUCGCCAUCAACCCUGGCACUGUCAACUACGAAAGGUCGCAGUGUCUGGACGAGUUGAGCAAGCUCAUCAAGGCCGAUGCGUCUGCUGUCUACAACUCACCAAUCCACGUAGAGGUCACAGAUGAGGUUUUGGAGCUUGGCGCUUUCUCUAUCCCCGUGAUCACUAAGGGCAGCGAGCCUGGAUUCACCUUCCUGGCACCGACGACCAGAUCAAAUGCUAUGCGUGUCAUUCGUGCUCUCCAGCUCACCAAACCCGUUCUUCUCGAGGGAAAUCCUGGUGUAGGAAAGACGACUCUUGUUACUGCACUGGCACAGGCAGUUGGUAUGCCUCUUACACGCAUCAAUCUGUCGGAGCAGACUGAUUUGAUGGACCUCUUCGGUUCAGAUGUUCCCGUUGAAGGAGCUGAAGCUGGCACAUUCGCCUGGCGUGACGCACCAUUCCUCCGAGCCAUGAAGAACGGCGAGUGGGUGUUGCUCGAUGAGAUGAAUCUCGCUUCCCAGUCAGUACUGGAAGGUUUGAACGCCUGUCUCGAUCACAGAGGUGAGGUCUAUAUUUCCGAAUUGGACCAAAUCUUCAGCCGUCAUCCCGACUUCAGACUCUUUGCCGCUCAAAAUCCCCACCAUCAAGGUGGUGGUCGUAAAGGUCUGCCCGCAUCGUUCGUCAACCGUUUCACUGUUGUGUACGCCGAUGUAUUCAGCCCUGAAGAUCUUGUCCUGAUCUGUCAAAAGUCAUUCGCUAGCUACGAUGCCGACAAGAUCGCUCCUAUCGUCUCGUUCAUUGACCAGCUUGACAUCGAGACCCACCACAGAAAGAUUGGCUCGCUCGGCGGACCUUGGGAAUUUAACUUGCGUGAUACACUGCGUUGGUUGAGCUUGAUCACCGCGGACCAAGGUUUGCUGAAGGGGGGUGAGGUAGAUGAUUUCUUCUCGACCAUUAUCGCGCAGCGUUUCCGCACCUCCAUGGACAGGGCUCUCGUGGCCAAGCUCUUCCAGAGUAUCUUGCCAGACGCUCCAGUCACUCACAGCAUGUUCCAUGACAUUGGUCCCAAGCAUUUUCAAGUUGGCUUGGGUCUGCUCCAGAGGAACGCUCACGUAGCCAGGGUCGGCGCUGACCAUCAGUAUUUCGACUUCAAGCCUCAUCUUCAUGUGCUGGAGUCCGUCAUGGUUGCUGUACAAAAGAGAUGGCCAGUUCUGCUGGUCGGACCGUCGGGCUCGGGCAAGACCGCUAUCCUGGAGAAGCUCGCCGCAGUCCUUGGUGUUGACAUGGUCACCUUCUCUAUGAACGCCGAUGUUGACUCUAUGGACUUGGUUGGUGGUUAUGAGCAGUCAGAGCCUCAACGUGCCAUUCACAGUUUCCUCGAGAAGCUCCACACAAGCCUGGUCACGACUGGUCGCAACGAGGUGACUCUUGAGAUUUCUCACUUGCUUCAGAACUUUAUCUCGGUCGCUCGGUCGUCUGGAUCGUUGUCAUCAAACGCAUUCAUGAUCGACGUGGCUGAGGCAGAGUCCCUACGCGAGCAAGUCGAAGCUUUGAUCUCAACGCCUACUGCCAUCAGCCGAGCACAAUUUGAGUGGAUGGACGGUAUGCUUGUGCAAGCUUUGGAACGUGGUGAGUGGUUGGUCCUCGACAAUGCCAACCUCUGCAGUCCUGCAGUCUUGGACAGGCUCAACUCACUACUUGAGCCCAACGGUACAUUGAUCCUCAACGAGAACACUGAUGCCUCUGGACAAGCCCGUGUUAUCAAGCCCCAUCUUAAUUUCAGGAUCUUCUUCACCAUGGAUCCUAGAUAUGGUGAGCUGUCCAGAGCUUUGCGCAACAGAGCUGUUGAGCUGUUCUUGUUGUCUCCUAUAGCCGCAUUUGAGCAUACACCAAGCCUAGAGUUCUGCUCGGAGUCGAGUCUUCACAGACUCCGCAAUACGGAAGCUUUAGAGAACAUUGACGUGCGAGAUACCUUGACUCCUCACAUGGCACAAAUUGUCAUGGAGAGUAUGUCAUAUCAAGACACGCCCAUUAUGCCUCAAUUCAUGUCAGGUCUGGAGGUCGGGCUCUACAAGACGCCUAUCAAUGUUCUUGGUAGAAGCAAGGAUGUUCAAUUCAAGUUUAAAACCUUGCACGUUACACAGACCGUAGACGAGCAGGCCAUAACUGGUAUUGACUCUGCAGUUCAGCCGUUCCACCCUCUGAAUAACGUCGCGCUGGCUCGUUGCAAUAUCGAGCCUAGCAAGUGGGCUGCCGCGCUCUAUGAGCUCGAGUGGGACAUACACUCCAUGCAGAUCGCCCUCGAGAACGUCAGAAACCGUGAUGUACCAAAACGUGAGCAAACUCGUCUCCAACGAUCUGCGAUUGGUCAAGGCCCAAAACAGAAGCACUUCACCAGCAACGUUUUCGGUCUUCUCGGUGCCGCUGUGGAAGUCUGGUCAAAAUUCCUUGACACAGCUGUGGCCGCCCAACAACAAGGUCAGCUCGCUGGUCAGCACUCUGUUGACACGUUCAAGCCAUGGAGAAGAUAUUGGUGGGAGUUCUUCGCCCUCGUCGACUCGGUAGAUGUAGAAGAGGCAGUUUUCAAGGCGUACAUCGAGAUCGGUAUUCGUCUUGAGCAAAACAACGGUGUCGAAUUCGCUGCACGCUUUGCUUCUGGUGACGCUCAAGCUGGGGAACGCUUCAGCUCAUACUUUGUGCUGCCUCUAGACCGAGCAUUCUCCCCCGAUAACAAGGGUGCUUCGAUGACCGCCCUGUGGACAGUCAUGAGACCAAAGACUGCUCGUACAUUCCAACAGUUGCAGGAUAUUGUUGGACUCGAAGCUAUGGCCGACAGAUUUGACAUAUUCGCAAGAAGACUCGAUGCCCCAUUGGACCAGCUUCUGCAACUACAACAAGCAUUCGGUAAAGCUUUGGCUGUCGUAUUAACUGGCUCCGAUGAGGCAUCUGCCCUCAUUGCCAGUCUCAAGGAAGCAAUGUCUGCAUUCAGCAUUGAAGAGACAGAAAUUGCACAUGUUAUGCCUCACUUCAGAGAGCAGUUUGAAGGCAUUGCCCAGACUUUCGAUCUGCUGUACGGCAAGGAUAUGUCUCAGUAUCCUCGAUCAGGAGUAUUUAGCGCACUGGCCGGGCGCACACUCAGCGAACAGUUGCAGUCACAGCUGCAGCGCGUGAACUUCCUUGCUUACAGGCCUACAAAACACAUCUCUGCACAGCAAGGCGACGUUUUCGAGCCUCUGGGCAAGCACGUCGGUUUCUACAGCGAUGAUCAGAAGCCAUUUGCUCUGGAGACCAACCUUCACCAGCACGUUCUCUCGGGUCUCGACCACAUUGACCAAGUUCCUAUGAGCAAACUGGACCUGCUCCGGACCGAAGCCCAGAUUAUGGGUCAGAUCAUCACAAGCAAUACACAUGAUCUGGAAGCAAACUACAUCCACGUUCUUGACGGUCAUCUUGCUGUAUUGGCGGAUGUACUUUUGCGCUCGCUGCGCGAAGUCUCCCCUCCUUCCAUGGCAUCUACUCAGGAAGCUGCCAGCGUUUGCAAGCUUUAUCUCAAUCCGUUGGUGCAAUACCUUGUCGAUGCUUCUGCUGCACAUACUAUUGAUCCCGCUAUCUCUGCUAGAGCUUGGUUGAGAUUCGCUCUUGGAUGCAUGUCAUUGUACAUCACCAGCAAGCCUUCCGAUCCUGCUUUACGUCCUAUGCUUGACAGGCAAAUGUUCCGCAAGACAUUCGCUGACUUGCAAACUGAAUUGGCAGCCCUGCAGCGCUUUGCUGAUGCCACUGGUCUCUACUCUUCGCUUCGUACUGCUUCGGUCAAGCAGGAUGUCAUAGAUCUCGGUCAAGAGCCUGCCGUUGAAGAUAUCGCCAGACCCACUAUCUCAGAGAUCACCAAGCUGCAAGGUGAGCUCAACGCUUUGCAAAGGGCGCUUGCACCACUCUACAAUGCCCCUGAGGAUAUGAUCGUGGGAUUCGCAAAAGACGCCGUGCUGCGUCAAAACGUCAGACAAGUCAAGGCUCGUCUCAGUGACGGUUACCGUGCUUAUGCUGAUAUCACUGGACCUGUCAUGGGUUUCUUGCACUGUCUCGAGGUUGGAUUCGCACUUGCCAGCCUCGUUCCUGAGGAUGUGAAGAUUGACAACACAGUCGACAUUAAGCACUUCUCGCCUCUUACUGGCGCAUCCCCUGACUACGUUAGAAAGGCUACUGCCAUCUCUGCUGUUAUGGAAGCACCUCACCACAACAAUGUCAGAAUGCACGCUUUAUCUUCUUUCGCAACCAUGAGCCGCAUCUUGCCGGAUACACAGCUGUCAACCUGGGAUGCUGUAUUUGACGUCUUUGACUCGAUGUAUCAGCAAUGGCAAAUCGAGCUGCAAACCAACCAGCAGCAGAACGCCGCAGACCACAGUCUGUACACCCAUCGUGGUGAUGAAGAGGCCGAAGAAGAAGCAGACGAGGCAGAGUUGGCCGAACUCUUCCCGGAGUACGACACUGAAGCAAGCACCGAUACUCAGAACAAGUCUGCCGUGCCUCAAAAGAUGCAAGCUCUUGCUCCCGGUCUUGCCACUGUUCUUGCAGAAAUCUACAAGAAGGGCGAAGCCAACGAGGAAGAUUUGCUCGCACUUGUUAAGAAGUCAGCAGCAUUGCUCGGCAAACAGUCUGACGAGCAGACAAUUGCCAGCGUUGACGGUUCAAGUGGCGUCUUGACUCCUCUCUUGAUUCUCAUCCUGCAAGAGAAAACCCAGAUGUUGAACGGUUCUGGCUUCAAGAAAAACCUGUACAACAUCUACACUGAAGCCAACCUCACCGAAGCAGACAAGCUCAUCUCGUUGAUCCGCAAGAUUCAGACCAGAUUCACAGAGGUUCAGCAAGUCUGGCCUGAGCACGCAACCCUUGGUGAUGUGUUGCGCGUGUGCGACGAGAUUCUCGGAUUCGCUCACACAGACCCUAUCGCCAAGAUUAUGCUCAAGGUCGAGAAGCUACACUCAUACAUCCAUGAGUGGCAAGUUGUCGCUAGCAGAGAAUACAGUGCUGCUGGGCUCUAUGACAACAUCACAAGUCUCAUUGUCAGCUGGAGACAGCUUGAACUAUCUACCUGGUCAAGACUGCUCGACAUGGAGACAUUGAAGUGCAACGAAGAUGCCAAGAGCUGGUUCUACAUUGCUUAUGAGAACAUCGUUGUUGUGCCUUUGACUAUCGGCGAGGGCGAGACCGAGAUGAAGAACCACGUUACCGAGCUCAUCAAGACAUUGUACGGCUUCUUCACGACUACCGGUCUCGGUCAGUUCUCUGCUCGCUUGAGAAUGUUAGGCAACUUCCGGGAGUACAUCAAGACUCGCGCAGCAAGCUUCCCAUGCUUCGAAAUAGCACACACUGCUUUGAGUAACUUCAUCUCGUAUAUGGUGCGUUACGAGCCUUUGGUCAACCAAGCUCUUGAUACUGGUAGACAAAAGCUUGAGAAGGAUAUCAAGAACAUCAUCCAACUCGCCAGCUGGAAGGAUACCAACAUCCUUGCACUGAAGCAGAGCUCAAAGGCCUCUCACGUCAAGCUGUAUAGAGUUGUUCGCAAGUUCAGAGCUCUUCUUUCUCAGCCUGCUCAGAGUAUUGUCUCAGCAGGUUUACCAGAUAUUGCAUUUGCAGAAACACCUACAGCUGCCGGUUUGCGCAAGACUGAGGUUCCUGUCGACCCUAAGGCCUCUACGUUGUGCAUUGAGGUAGUGCCCAAGUGGAAUGAGCGACCUGCCCGUUUCAAGAACACUGCUACCACCUUAACUGUCAUGCAGUCCAAGGGUGCCAUCAAGGCUGAGCAUAUCGAUUGCGCCUCUGAGAUCAACAUCUGGCUCAAUGACACAGAAUCUAUUGCUGCUCAGCUUCGCAAGGCCACGCCCACCGUCUUGACCGAGGAGAAUACCGAGACAGUCAAGCAUCUCAAGAACCGUAAGCGUAAGCUUUUCGCCGAUGUUCUCAAAGAGCUCAGAAACAUGGGCUUCAAGAGCAAUGUGACGAGCGAUGUUCUGGCCAGGCAAGACUCACUGCAAGCUGUCCUGGCUGCAAUCCCGGUCAUGGAAAAGGACCUUGCUGAAAGCUAUCUGCAUCGUCUUUUGUACUUGAUGCCUUUGGUUAGAGAAGCUGCUAGAGAACACAAUGACGACUUGACCGGUGCCGAAAUUGCGAGAUCUGUGGCAUUGUGCGAGAGUAUGUUGCAAGUCCUUAUUCAGCAGAGAAACAUCCUUGGCUCCGUCACCGAUGAUCAAAAGUCUUUGGAGUCGUUCCUUGCCCAGGCUGAAAGUCUUUGGGGCAAAGGUAAGCUUGAGCUUGCUGAUAAGAAGAAGCAGAGCUAUGAUGCUGCCACUGCUAUUGCUUGCCUGCCAAUCAUGAUCAAGUCUGCUGCUCGCGUUGUUGCUGCACAGGCUGAACUCAGUAAACUUGAUUGCAGCGACAUUGUCAAGGCUCUGAGUCAGUGGGCCAUUCGCUUCGAGAGCUUCAAGUCACAAUGGCAAGCUCUUCACUCGCUACCUGCUGGCGUCAACAGUGACCAACACAUCAAGGUCCUAGAGGAAAGCAAGGCUGCUGCGCAGCAGCUGCACACCGAGCUUGCUACCAUCAUUGGGCAACAUCCUUACCUUGGAGCUACCCUGAGACAGCUCCAACUCUGGGCUUCUGUCGGUGACAACGUCAAGACAAAGAAGAUCUUAAAGAAGAACUCGAUCAAGAUUGAUGAGUUCGGACAAGCAGCUUGCGACUUUGUCGACUCCAUUCUUGGUUCUGUUCAAGAUCUCGAGAAGCCUUUGAGCCAACUUCCCGUGUCUGCCGAGGAUCCAAGCUGGGUUCUCCAUGAAAGUCAAAACUUGUCUCUUGCGGUCAAGACCCUCCGCCUUCCUCACGUUACAACACGCAUGCGGGAACUCAUGGCGCAAGUGCCACAGCUCAACACCGAUCUCGAUGUUGCAGCUGCAGUUGUUCACUCUUUCAUCCCUUUUAUCGCUCAGUACAACAACCUGGCUGUCUAUCUAUCUUCUCGUCUUGAGAACCUCCAUGCAGCCCUGAGUCAGAUGUCUUUCCGUCUUGCCAAGAUCUUUGUUCAACUCUCAAAGGAGGGCUUCUGUACGCCUUCUGAGAAGUCAACUGACCAGAACAAGGGUGAUGAUAAGCUCGAAGGCGGAACCGGUCUGGGCUCAGGCGAAGGUGCUGAGGACAUCUCGAAGGAUAUCGAGGACGACGAAGACCUCGGUGAACUUGCACAAGAAAAGGAUGACCGUGACGACAAGGACGAAAUUGAAGAUGAAAAGGACGCAGUCGACAUGGGUGAUCAAGACAUGGAAGGUCAGAUGGGUGACGCUGAAGAGAAGGAUGACGAGGAAGGUGAUGACAAGGAAGACGAAGGUGAAGAUGAGAUGGAAGAUGAAGUUGGCGAUGUCGAUGAUCUUGGUCCCUCCACCGUCGACGAGAAGAUGUGGGAUGACGGUGGAAAGGAUGAAGAUAACAAAGACAAGGAGGGUGACAACAACGCCGGCACGGAAGAUCAGAACGAAAUGACUGCUGCUGAUGGUGAAGAGAAGGACGAGAAGGAAAAGAAGGAGAAUGAUGACGAUGCCGAGGAAGAGGAGGACGAAGGCGAACAACAAGGUGCCGACGAAACCGAGAACGGCCCGCCUGACGAGACCGAAAAGACCGAUCCUUACUUGCAGGAACAGGACAACCUUGAAUUGCCUGAUGAUAUUGACAUGGACGGCAAGUCUGAAGAUGGCGACGACUCAGGUAUGGAAGACAUGGGUGAUCUCGAUCCCAUGGACCAAGAUCUGCCUGAACCUGAAGGCGAGCAAGAAGGUGAAAUCGAUGACCCGAGCAAGGAAGAGGACGUCUCUCCCGAAGAUGACAUUCCCGCCGACCUCGACGCCCAGCAAGACGAAGCCGACGAGAACGCCGAUGAGGACGGUCAAGACAAGACAAACGAAGUCGGCGAAGAUGCUGAGAAGCCCGAGGAAGAGGAAGAAGCUCAAGAGGAUCAAGACAUGCUUCAAGAUAACCGCAAAGACGACACCAAUGCCGCCGAUGAGAUUGCACCUAGUGAAGCCCAAGGUGCUGGUCUCGAUGAUCAACAGCCUCAGGACGACAACAAGGAUAAUGACGCAGGUGCUGCUCAACAGGAAUCUGGCGAGCAAGGCGCUCAGCAAGAACAGCAACAACAAGCUGGUGCCGAAGGUGAACGAGGAGUUGCCGAAAACUCUGCUGCCGCCGCCAAUGAGGAAAAGACCGAGGACAAGCAAGAGUCUAUGCCUUACAAGAAGAUUGGUGAUGCUCUCGAAAAGUGGUACAAGCAGCAAAAGCAGAUUCAAGAUGCUCCGGCCGACAAGGAGGAUCGCAAAGAACAGCCUCCUGCUGAUGAUGUUGACAUGAAUGACGCCGAGUUCGAGCACUUGCAGAAUGAGGCUGAAGAAUCUGACGCUCAAGCUCUUGGUGCUGCCAACGAAGACCAAGCCAAGGCUAUCGACGAGGAAGCCGGUGUCUCUACCAAUGACAAGGAGCAGAGAGAAGACUUUAUGCCUGAAGACGAAGAAGAAGGUGAAGCCUACCGCCCAGACGAGGACAUCGAAAUGGGUGACCGUGAAGAAGACGACGACGGCAAGCAGAACCCAGAAGGUGGAGCUGAAGCCAUUCCCAACGCCUUUGUCGGAGAGGCCCAGUCUCGGGAAGACGCUCUCGACCAAGACGGUGCCGAGGCUCAAGAAGACAACGACGACUCCAUCGAAGAUGUCGAUUAUCAACUCGAGUCUGCCCACAUCUCCUCCAUAGCCGACCUUCCUUCCUUGUCCCUCGACGACGCAAGAGCACUGUACAACACUCAUGAGUCGACGACCAGAAACCUUUCUCUACUCCUCGCUGAGCACCUCCGCCUCCUCCUCACACCCACCCACGCCACAAAGAUGCGCGGCGACUACCGCACCGGCAAACGCCUCAACAUCAAACGCAUCAUCCCUUACAUCGCCUCCUCCUACCGCCGCGACAAGAUCUGGAUGCGUAGAUCCGUGCCCAGCAAACGCCAAUACCAAAUCAUGCUCGCCAUCGACGAUUCCCAAUCCAUGGCCGAAGGCGGAGCACAAACACUCGCUUUCGACACCAUGGCCCUUCUCGCCCGCGCCCUCUCAAUCCUCGAAGCUGGCGAGCUUUGUAUCCUCGGCUUUGGAGAAGACGUGAGUGUGAAGCUAGGCUUUGAAACACCAUUCACAGCUGAAGCGGGAGCGAAUGUGAUUCGCGGCUUUAACUUUGAGCAAACGCGCACGAAUGUCAAGAAUUUGGUGCAGAAAUCUCUGGAUCUUUUCAGAGCUGCUAGACUGAGAGCGCAGGGCGCAAGCUCUGAAUUGUGGCAGCUGCAGUUGAUUGUUUCUGAUGGUGUGUGCGAGGAUCACAAUGGCAUUAGGCAAUUGGUGCGUCAAGCACAUGAGGAGAGGAUUAUGAUGGUUUUUGUCAUUGUGGAUGCUACAGCUUCAGCUCCUUCUUUCUCUGCUGCACCUUCUGGAACCGCUACUCCUGCCAAUGCUCCUGCUUCGGGCACCGCUACUCCCGCUGCACCUGCUGCGAAGAAAAAGAACUCGUCCAUUUUGGACUUGCAGACGGCAGAAUUCGUCAAGGAUCCUGUGACUGGAGAGAUGAAGGUUAGGACUGUCAAGUAUCUGGAUAGCUUCCCCUUCGGAUAUUAUUUGGUGGUUAGAGAUGUUAGAGAGAUGCCUGCUGUACUUGCUGGAGCACUGAGACAGUGGUUUGCUGAGGUUGUUGAUACACAGGGUUAGAUCUGAAGAUGAAAAGUGGUUUUAUGGCGUUUCAAAACGGAAAAGGGAAGGAGUUUUUAUGCAUGCGGUAGUUUCUAAAAUUGAUGUUUUGUACCCG